ACUGUUUGUUUGGAAGAGCACGUGACUCUCCUCCGUGGAAAACAUGGCUGCGCCCUGUGCCGCUCAAUGCUUUUACAGAACAGGUGGUUCAAGGCUGCUACAGAGAGUAGCACAGCUGCCCAUCUGCAACAGGAGCUCAUCUGGUGCCAACCAAUGCCCACCUCGCCGAUGCUUCUUCUGGAGAAAAUCAAAAAGUUCCAGUGUGGUCCGGCCUGCCAUAGUGCGCCCCUCUUAUGCUGUACCCAAGCACAUUCAGAGGCCGGACUACGUGUCAUCCAGCAAAGUGCCUGAGUGGCCAGAUUACAUAGAGAUUAAAGAUGAGGAGCAGGUCCAGGGAUUAAGAAGAGCAUGUCAACUAGCCAGACACGUACUACUGCUGGCAGGAAAGAGUUUGAAGGUUGGCAUGACGACAGAUGAAAUAGACUUUAUAGUCCAUCAGGAAGCGGUUCGUCACAAUGCCUACCCCUCUCCUUUACAUUAUGGGGGGUUUCCGAAGUCAGUCUGUACCUCUGUCAAUAAUGUAGUAUGCCAUGGCAUUCCAGACAGUCGGCCAUUGCAGGAUGGAGAUAUCAUCAAUAUAGAUGUCACAGUUUAUUUGGAAGGUUACCACGGUGACACCUCAGAGACAUUUCUGAUUGGCUCAGUCAAUGAACAGGGGAGGAAGUUAGUGGAUGUGGCUCGUCAGUGCAGAGAUCAGGCCAUCGCCGCCUGCGGACCAGGACAACCUCUGUGCAUCAUUGGCAACACUAUAAGCAAUAUAGCUAAUUCAAAUGGAUUCCGCUUGUGUCCAUACUUUAUCGGUCAUGGGAUCGGAACGUAUUUCCAUGGUCAUCCAGAGAUAUGGCAUCAUGCCAAUGACAAUGAUCUACAGAUGGAAGAGGGCAUGUCCUUCACCGUAGAACCCAUUCUUAUGGAGGGAUCCUCAGAAUUCAGGAUCCUGAGUGACAAGUGGACUGCUGUAUCUGUGGAUGACAAAAGAUCGGCACAAUUUGAACACACGGUUGUCAUCACCUGCGAUGGUGUAGAGAUUCUGACUAAACUACCAGAUGAAGAUUGACUGGACAAGAAUUAUGGAACAUCUUGAAGUGUGACGUGUGAUCUGGAAGUUUUUAGAAUAACAAGCUGUUAUUUAAAUAAAUGUGUUUCAUAACAUGUAGACAA